CAGAAGCAUCCAGGCGUGAGCGACGUGUCCUCGCCGGCCGUACGUGCCCCGCCGCAUGCGCCGACACGUCCGCGCCUGCCCACGCCCCCCAAAAACCCCAAGAAGCCAAACACCAUCUCGGCUUCUUCGAUCCGCAGCGAGUAGAUAAUCACACACACACACACACACUCGCUUCGUUAUUCGCUUGCUAAAAUCCGAUCUUCUCCUGGUUGUCGUUGCUAUCCUUGCGUUGCGUACUGUCACGUUGUUGCACAGCUCGAUCGGCUGCAAGUCGACGACAUCGCUCGCCAUGUCGGGGAUCUCGCUGGCGGUGGCGCCGAGGUCCGACCCGGACCACGGGUCGGAGCGGCAGCCGACGGCGAUGCUGGGCGGCGUGAUGGGUUCGCUCCGCGUCAUCGAGCUCCAGCUGGUGGCCUUCAUCAUGGUGUUCUCCGCGUCGGGCCUCGUCCCGCUCAUCGACCUCGUCUUCCCCGUCGCCACCACGAUCUACCUCCUCGCCAUCUCCCGCCUCGCCUUCCCGCCGCUGCACUCCAAGCUCGACGCCGCCGCCGCCGCCCGCUCGCCCGCGGCCUCCCAGGAGAUCUUCCGCGGCAGCAAGCUGUUCCAGGUGUACGUGGUGCUGGGCACGACGGUGGGUCUGUUCCUGCCGCUGGCGCACGUGCUGGGCGGGUUCGCGCGCGGCGACGACGCGGCGGUGCGGUCGGCGACGCCGCACCUGUUCCUGCUGUCGUGCCAGAUCCUGACGGAGAACGUGGUGGGGUCGCUGGGCGCCUUCUCGCCGCCGGUCAGGGCGCUGGUGCCGCUGCUCUACACGGUGCGCCGCGUCUUCGUCAUCGUCGACUGGGUCUACGACGUGUGGGCGAACAGGGCGCUCACGCGGGCCGCCACCGCGCAGGAGGCCGCCUGGGUCUGGUUCGGCAGGUACCUCGCCGCCGCCAAUCUGGUCUACUUCUCCGCCAACCUCUUCGUCUUCCUCAUCCCGAGGUUCCUGCCCCGCGCCUUCGAGAAGUACUUCCGCAUGCGCGACGAGGUGUGCGCCAAGACGGCCGAGGACAAGCACGCGCGCGGACACCUGUCGUCGUCGUCCUCGCCGGCGCCGGCGGCGGAGCAGCAGGAGGGUGGUGUCGUCGGUGCGGCGAAGUCGGAGGUGUCCAAGAAGGCGGACUGAGCAGAGCUCUCGGCUCUCGCAUGUCGAUCGUGUGCGUUGGUCAAACCUGUGGGGGCUGUGGCUUGUAAAUUUCUAGUACCUUUGUUUCUUCCAUUUCAGAGGACCGGCGAAUGCAUGUAGAUGUUGUUAAUUGUUAUCGCUCUGACAAUCGUGAACCAUAGAGA